AGAUUGCUGUCCUCUUGGGGAUAAGGAGAAGCAUCCCAGAAAACAGGCUUCUGGUUGGGGGACUUCCCUCCCAAGACCCGAUGGUGGACGUGCAGACCUAGCGUCUGGGGUCGAGUUGGCUUCCUGGUACAUCUCCCUCCCCCCUCCAUCCUGUUCCUGUCCCACAUGUCUUCAGAGACAGAGUUGCAGCUACGGAGGAGAUUCAGCAGCAACAAUUCUAGUUCUUGAUAUGUGAAGUGGUUACACACGUGUAUUUCUCUUUGGAAUACUUCAACUGUACCCUUUUGUGUGCUUUUCUGUACGUAUGUUAUACUUCCACAAAAAGGGCUUAUUAUAAAGCAGCACCAGAGGCAUGGCUGUGGUCACGAAGAAGGCUGCCAAGGAGGGUAUGAAGUAGAAGCAGACAAGGGCAGAAGCCUUUCCCUACGUUUGGUAACGUCUCUUCCCCAAUACCAUCGGUACCUUGAGGGUUGGACCGGCGUCUUCAUCUUUGUGAUCCCAGAACCCAGCUGAGCCUGCCGCACAGUAGGCCCAGCAUGGAUAAAUGAGGGAAGCCAGGAAGACUGUGUCCACCUCCCAGUCCCCAAUGUGUCACAGGUUUGUGCCUGGUCAGAGAAAGGCAGGACAUUCCGAGAAUGGAUGAUCCAGUGGUCACAUUCCAGUGGCUCUGUCCAAGGGACAAUCUUCUUGCCCCUAGGAUACCCAGUUGGGCUCCAGGCCGGCCAUGGGGAGGGUCCCGAGAAGGGGCAGGAUCCAGGAUAAAAGCAGUAGGGGGCGCUCCAGGGUGGCUGACAACCUGACCUAUGGAUGUAGGACAUGCGUAGCUGACCCCAUACUGCCUAAGUGAAGGGAGCCCCACUGAACAGAGCUGAGCCGCGAGGAGUGGGAGUGGAGCCAAGCCAGAGUAGAGCCGCGCGUGGCGCAGGAGGGUCCCUCCUCUCCUGUGUCCUGCGUAGAGCACUACACUUGGGCCUCGCGCCCUUGAACAGCAGUUGCUCACUUGGAUGCAGCGGGUCAGUAGCAGUCUUCCCAAAGGGAACCAGGUGAUGUCGCGGUCCCCCAGCGUAGCCCUCGCCGAACAGAACCGAGUGGCCGUACUGCCGGUGCAGCUGCUCAGGGAAGACGUGGCAGCUGCGUGGGACGAUAUCCAGGUGGAGAAUGGUUUCCGGAUGAAGAUGGAUGCCCACGGCUUCACCCCAGAGGAGCUGGUGGUGCGAGUGGACGGCCAGUGCCUGAUGGUGACGGGACAGCGGCAAACGGAGGGCCACAACCCGGAUGGGGGGUGCUACUGCAUGACAGAGAAGAUGCAGCAGCAAAUGCAACUACCAUCAUACCUGGAUCCUGCAGCCAUGACCUGCUGUCUGACCCCCUCGGGCCAGCUGUGUGUCCGUGGCCAGUGCCAGGCGCUGCCUUCCCCUAGAGCCCUAACAAGUCCAUCUUCGAGACUCAGGAGCCCUGGCUCUAAGAAGGGUUCCAACCUAGCCUGACCCGGUAAACCACCACCCUAGUGAGCAGCUGCCUUGGCGUCUGUGGUCUUUUAUCAGGGUUGGGGUCAGAGGUGGGGGUAUAACGAAGGUAGAGGGAGGCAAGAAAGGCACCUCAAGGUGGUGGUCCACCAAGAAUUAGGCCUUUGUGGCCCUGGUGGGAGCUGGGGGUGGGGGUUGGAGGUGUGUUGUCCUACUCAGCUCAGCUCACUGCUUGGACCAAUAUCCUCAACCUUUGGCAGAUGAGAGCAGCAGCGCCAGCAGGGAGCAGCAGAGGGCCGGGAGGGCCAGAGUGUCACCUGGUUCCAGAACCGGCAGAGGGCUCCCCAGAGACCAGGGAGCAGAUGGCUUAGACCUGGUGUGAAGCUGCUGUCUGGGCCUGACCAUCGCUCAGUCCAAAGCUCCAGAGGUCAUAGGUGUUUCUUCCUCUUCAGGGAAGAGGGGAAGAGGACCCAGUCCCUCACAGGCCUGGUACAGAGUAACCAAAGACCCCAGAGUUUUUUUUGGUGUUUCAGAGACCAAUUAUUUUCAAACCCAGACUGCAAAUCACCCCAAUGUAAUCUGGAUGGGGUGGGGGAGAGGCAAAUGUAGGACCCUCUUCAAACUCGGUGAGAUUCAGUUCCAAGUCACUCUUACCCCAACCCCAUGCAGUAGCACCGGUAACCAAGGGCCUCUUUCUCUUGGUUACCAUGAGCACCAGCAUCUCCUCACUUGGGUGGGCGGGGCUUUUGUUUAACAAAAUUCAGUGGUUCAUUGUAAAUUAACCUCAAAGUAAGCCAGAGAGGAUAUGGUCUGAUAAGCUCUGCCAGAGAAAGACAAGCGAGACAAGCGGAGGUCGAUCGAUCGGCUGACUAUAUUGACAAGAUACUGAUUGGUUACAUGUUGAAGAAAACAUACAAUACAAAAUACAGAAAAAGUUGGUUCCAUCCCCUCCCACUACCCCCCUUACCCACCCACCCCCAAAUACUCAUCAUCGUGAUUUGGUCAGAACAGGGCUCAGAGCCAGAGGUCGGUCAGGGUGACCAAGGACGAGGAGGGUGGGGUGGGUUGUGGGCAGUGGGUUCGUGGCUGUCACAAUAAUGCUGUGGUUUUUCUCCCAUCUGUGAAUCAGGGGUAGGAGGGUGGGGGUGGGGGGCUGCAGCCUGAUGCCAGGCAGCUGAAGGGAGAGCUGCCUCUCCCUUCCCUAGCCCCAGGGCCUGCCCCACCACCCAGAACCAAGCCCACCCCAAACACGGUAAGGAUGUGAAGGCUCUUGCUGACCCUGCUAAUCAGCAAGAGGAAAAGAGGGUAGUUGCUCCCACCCCUGCCUCCCCAUAUACACGGGUGGGAGGAACAGGGGCGGUGGCUACUACCAGCAAAGGGAGAGUGGGAGAGCUGUAGAAAGGGCAGGAAGUGGGAAGAGCAGAAGAUCAUAUAUAUUAAAAAAGUGACUUAAGACUUAAAAUUGAAUUAGUAUUUGUACAGAAAGGUGCAGGUGGAAUAACUCACUCCGGCCUAUGAUCAAAAUUAUAUGGUGAAAUCAUGGUGGACCCCUCCCCCUGCCCCCGCAGUGGUGGCCCGAGGCGUUAAGUGCGAUUGGUUAGAGUGGAUUCCAGUCGGGUCAUUCAGGCGGAGGAGGUGGGGGCAGUGGGUGGGCAAGGGGGCUCAGUUGCUGCAGCACUGGCUCCGGCUGGCUGGGUUGUUC